GUUACUAUAGCAACGUGGAAUAGCCCGGGAUAGUUAACGUUUGCUAACAGAAAACAAUAUUAUGGACAGAUAAACAUCAUUAUUGUGCAGAAAUGGAGGAUCGUUUUGCCUUUCUUACUGAGUGGUACGACCCAACUGCUGCUCUCCUGCGACGCUACCAACUCUUCUACUACCCAAAAGAUGGCUCAGUGGAAAUGUUCGAUGUCAAAAACCAGCGGAUAUUUUUGAGGCGGACCAAAUAUGACAACCUCCAUCAAGAAGAUCUUUUUGUUGGGAAUCGAGUGAACGUGUUCUCACGACAGCUGAAUUUGAUCGACUACGGGGAUCAGUACACAGCUAACAGACUUGGCAGCAAAAAAGAAAGAACACUCGCCUUGAUAAAGCCAGACGCAGUGACCAAGAUCGGAGACAUCCUUGAAUCGAUUUAUUCCUCCAACCUUAUUGUGACCAAAGCCAAAAUGACGAAGCUUACAUGGAGCCAAGCGGCUGACUUUUAUGCAGAACAUCAGUCGAAGCCAUUCUUCAAUAACCUGGUGCAGUUUCUUUCCUCGGGCCCUGUGGUUGCCAUGGAGUUGAUGGGUGAUGAGGCCAUGUCUAUCUGGAAGAGGCUCCUGGGACCUGCAGACUCCGCUGGGGCACGGAAGGAGGCGCCACAGAGUGUGCGUGCCCAGUUUGGAACAGAUGGCAUCAAGAAUGUUGGACAUGGUUCUGACUCAGUCGCUGCAGCAGCAAGAGAGCUUGAAUUUUUUUUCCCAUCUACAAUUGGCCUCGGUCCUUCAAAUACAGCCAUCUUUACAGACUGCACAUGCUGCAUCAUCAAACCUCACGCCAUAUCAGAAGGUCUGACUGGUAAGAUCCUGAACUCCAUAUCUGCAGCUGGUUUUGAAAUCUCAGCUCUUCAGAUGUUCGAUGUCGACCGGGCAAAUGCAGAGGAGUUCUAUGAGGUUUACAGAGGCGUGGUCACAGAGUAUCCUAAUAUGGUGACUGAGCUGUGCUCUGGACCCUGCAUGGUUCUGGAGAUCCACGGCACUGACGCACCAAAGACAUUCAGGGAGUUCUGUGGACCGGCAGAUCCGGAAAUCUCCAGACAUCUCCGUCCAAACACUCUACGAGCUCUUUACGGCAAAGAUAAAGUCAAGAACGCCGUCCACUGUACCGACCUCCCUGAAGACGGCGUUCUGGAGGUGCAGUAUUUUUUCAAGAUUCUGGAUGGAUGAAUGCAAAGGAGAAAAGAUGUUUCUGUUAUUCAAUGACUUCACAGUUGUCUCAUUUUUCUGUUUAUUGUUUCAGCCUUAUGCAGAUUAAAUAAAGUGACAAGAGCAGA